AACAACCAAACGCUUGCUGGAUUAUGCAACAGUUUGUCAUCAGACUACAGUGAACUGAUUUGAGAAUGAACAAUGCAUUCUUACUCUUUCAAUAUUCUCGUGCAGGGAUUCCAAUGUGGAGUGGUAUUGUAGUAACAAAUAUUUACUUAAAGUGACAAUGUAUCCAAGUUACGUUUUAUCGUGUGUUCUUUUUCUCAUCUUGUUCUUGUACGAAUGUAUAUGUCACACAGGUAAUACACCAAGACCUCAAAGAGGAAUAGAUAUUCCAGUGUUUUACUCACUAAACCAAGUCUUGGACUGCUUUAAUAUAGGAGAGUAUGCCAACUCUACGCUGACACAAAAAGUCAUGUACUCGUUUGAGUACGGCUGCAAGAACAAUAUACCUAUCUCAAGAAUUCGAGAGAAUCCUUUCAUUGCUAUAGAAGGCAACCACAAAACUAGUAGAAAAAUAAUUGCAAGAAAGGUGGCCAAAAGGAUAGGAGCAAGUAUACUACACAAUCCCCCCAAGUGUUUGUACCACUUAAAGGAUAUGUUUCAAUAUGGCACACUUAUCAGGAAAGCCUACUUCGCUCUUUCCAUGUACGGCUCUGCCUACACAGCCAAUCGGCUUCUUAACCGAUGGCCAGUCCUCAUCAAUGGAUACUGGAUGGAUCAAGCUGCUUACGCGAUAUCUAAAGCAAAUUCAAACGCUUCUCUCCCAUUGCCAGGAGAUCCAGCGUACAUGUUUCCAGAAGAUCUGCUCAAACCUGACCUAGUCUUCUACCUGUACUUUCCUGACAACCUGCAUUAUGAGCAGGUCACAACACGCUCACCAAACUCUUGGAAACCCAAAAUGUUGGAAAUCUACAAACGCAUGCAAGAUCCAAAAGUAAUAGUUCUCAGCACUGCAAUUGGGUUUGACGGAGUAGUCACCAUGAUUGAAAAUGAGAUAUUCAACAACUUAAAAGAUAAAUACAUUUUUGAGGCCCAGCCUUAUAAAUAAGUUAUCUGUAAAAAAUUAUUAUUUAUCCAGUGAGAACGAUAAAAAUACAGAAAUGGUGAAAAAGAUAAAUAAAAAUAAGUUGUAUAAAGCUGA